AUGGAAGUCGACGACAAAUCAAAUCUUUCUCCUGGUAAGGAGAGCUUGUCUGUCUUAAGUUCUUCACCUGCGUCUACUGACAAUAACAUUUGUUAUAAUGUGUUAUAGAAAGCGUCAAAUUAUAAUAGGGGAAUACGGUUAGAGCAAAAUCAUCUGUUCAUGCUUCCGAUCCGAGUGAGUUAAAUUAGACAUUCAAUCAACUUUAGGUUUGUCGACCGGUAAUUGACAGAUGGGCAACGAAACCUUUAGUUAAAUUGUAGGGGUGGUACUUCCACAUUUUCAGUCAUGGAAUUGAAGAUAUCAAACUUUGAAAAUUUGCAGCAGAUGUGUAGGGCAGACAGAUAAUUUAAAUUUUGUAAGAUUUUAUCUCAUUUGAUUUUACGUUCUCCUGAGACACAUUGAAAUUUACAUGCCCUUGCAGGUCCUUGUUAAUCUACGAUGACAUGAUUAAAAGAGACAUUAACUGUAUGAAAAAUUACCAGAAUCAGAGAUAAGAAAAAAAUGGUUACCAAGCAAGAAUUAAUUACAUGCAACUGCUUUGAAAGAUGGGAUGGGUCUUGUGGGAAGAUGUACACCCUAGUGAACUACAAAACAGCCUGUACUUGAACAUGCUAACAGGUUUAAUGGCUAUGCAAGAUCUCCAAAUGUCUGGACCUAAUAAAUGGCUCUAGUGUGUAUGGACUCUUGUUUGCUUUUGCAAAUCUGAUAAACUUGUGUGUGCUUAGUUGAAAUGAGCACCUGCCAGGCAGGCCAGUUGAUGUAUUGCUUGACAGUAAAUCAAUUGAAUGGUUUAUUAUCAUUUAUUGAUAUAAUAGUAGACCAUGCAGACACUCAGCACACUCAUGGAGAAGAGACAUUUGUUAACUGUUUUAUCUAAUGAGGCUACAUAUAGAUUGUAGCAGCUAUUUGCUACUGGCAUCCUUUGAAACACUUAAUGACUCAAGAUCUGACUUCCUGCAGGCAGAUUUGGGGCUGACCAUUAAUUUUAUUUCUACUUUUGGUUCUUUUUUUUGUAAGCCUGAUAGAGUGAAAUUAAACUUUUUAGCUCUCCUAAAGCUAAAGUGCUUUAAUUAUUUCUGCUUCUAACUGAUUUUGGCAUGUCCUUCCAAAUUGUGGGCUUGGCCACUUGGAAAUUCUUGGCAUUAGCUCAUAUAAUCAACUAUUCAUUUCUUUGAAAUUUUUUGGUGAAUUAAUUGCCUCCUACAGGAGGCAAAGCCAGAUAUGGUAAUGAAAUGGGUGAUGUCCUGUUGGAUGAAACAAAAGUCUCACAACAAUGGAAUUGUAAUGAAAAAUUAAAAUAAUUUAUUAUCAACAGUCAAAAUUAAAAGAGGCAGAUAAGUUUUAUCAUUAUUGGAGCCUAGAGGAUAGAGGAACAGUGAGGUUCUUGGGCUAGCCCUUUCUUAUCAAACAUGAUGAUUUAUUAUUGCUGUUACUGUUGUUAUCGUUAUUAUUACUGGUGUCAAUAUGAUUAUAUGUUACCAUUUAAUUAUUGGUGGAAUGUCAUUUAGUCACUCUAUUCUUGAAUCCUCUUUCUCUUGUGGUACAGGGUACUCAUAAAUAUGUGGGAUGUUGCAGCAGGUUUUCUGUUUUGCAUGUGAAUACAUCUUUUGCCACCAUACCUUCUAGCAUCAUCAUGCAACCUCUAGUUCUUUUCAAUGUUAUAAAAAUUGUGCUUUAUCAGUAACCACAUGCAGUCUUAGGCUGCCUAUUUUUAUUUAAAACUAUAAGAAGUCAUGAUUGAAAAAAAAACAAAAGCAAAAAUCUGAAAUGUAAUCAUCCCAGGAGUUAUUUACUUUAACUGGUAAAUUGCUAUUUGCAGAUGAGGGAGAAAGGAAGAGAAAGGUUGACAAGCAAGAGGAAAAACCAGCAAAACUUAAAUCUGUUGAAUACAAAGGUGAGGUUAGUGAAUAUGUGGUGGCAAAUGCAUUGCAGAACCUGACCGUGCCUGAUCAGGGUGGUGAUCAAAAAGCAAUUGCGGAUCCAUCACCUAAGCUAUAA